AUGUUUUCGUUAAAUUCCCUUCUUUUCUAUCAUCUUUUCUUCAUAAUAAACGCGGCAAUCUUCGGAUCGAUAAGCACAGCGAAUUCUGAUCGAUGUCAUUGUUCAAAUAAAAUCAUCAUGUUGUUUGCUGAGGACGAUUACCGGGUGAUCAAUACGCCCGAUUAUCCAAGACCAUAUUGCCCAAAAUUGGAUUGUUUGUGGCGAAUCGUGGCACCGACAAAUGAGUCUCGCAUCUAUUUCUUUACCGAUAAUUUGGAUCUUCGCCCAAAUGAAGAUUUCGUCGAGUUUUAUGAUCAGAAAUUUGUGACGAAUCCCAGAAAUGAGACUGUCACUGCAAGAUGUACUGGAAAUGUUGACGAGGAGAAAAUCUGUCGUUUCCAAAGCGCUGGACAAUAUUUGAGUAUACGAUUUGUCUCGGGAUCGGGAGAAUCGGAUCGAUACGGCUUUCAGGGGAUCGUUUCACCGUACGAUCGAGAGACAAGAGCUUUAAUGAGUUUCCUGACUCGUUGUGGUUUCUAUGUUUUGAUCGGUGGCGGCUGUUUGGUGGCUGGGAUUCUCUGUGCGUGUCUUUUCAAAAAAAGAAAAGAUCGAAACGGUGAUCCUCGAUUGAUUGUCGCGCCGGGAGUAUCGGAUGCCGAAGAGAAAGCGCUUCUU